AUGGAAAAAUCGCGCUCAUCGCUAUUAUCAACAAGUUCAUCAAUAUUGCCUGCAUCAAGAUUUCAUCAGCCAUCGAUAACAAAUCGAAGAACAGCCAUACUUUCUUGGUCAGAUUAUUUGCGACGUAAUAAAAAUUAUUUUAAUUCUUUAUUAUCAUCAUCAGUGCCGUCGAAAUUAGCCAAAAAACCGUUGCCAUAUUUACCUAUAUUGUCCAAAUAUUAUAACGGAUCAGUACCUAUCGUUAUAACUCUUCCAUCUUAUCAUAUCAAUGAAUUUAUUGAAUCACGUAAUAAAUAUAUGGAAAAUGAUAAUCAAAGAAAAAUAUCACCGAAAAUAAUGCAGCCAACCUCUUCUUACAAAUAUACAACGAAAAAAAAGCCAGCAAUAUUUCUAAAAGGUAGAAAAGUAUUGCCACAAAACCAAUUGCCGUCCUUGUUUUCAGAAUAUAGGAAUGAUCGUAUCAUUCCGCAAGUUCAAAUGCGGAAACCAAUCGUUCAACAAGGUCUACAACAAUUUCCGAUAAAAAAUGCCAUAAGAGUGAUUCCUUCAAAAGUUCAAUAUUCAAGAUUAGCAACUAAUAAAUUAUCACCUGUUGAUAAUAUCAAUAAUAACAUAAUUAAUUCCAUGUUUUCUGGAUCUCAAAAGUUACAACCAUAUUUUAUGGGUAACGAUAUAAUUGCUACAACUAAUACCGUUGCAUCACUCUUAAAAUCCGGUGAAGCACUUGAACAUAUAUCAAAGAUUACAAGUAAUUUAUUAAAUUUACCGGUUUCUGGACAGAAAAGUUUAUUAUCAGCAUUCACAUCGGCAUUUGCUGAUCCAUUCGCUGAUAAUUUAUUAUUAACCAAUAAUGCUAUCGAUAAUCCGUUUGGUGUUUCAUCAAAUAUUAUUAAUACCCAAAGCGUUUUUACAUCGAAAGCUGAGAAAAGUUUGAUAAAUAAAAAAGAAAAAGAGGAAGAAAAUAAUCAAACAAUUAGCAGCAAAAGUUUAGUCAACAGUACAGGUGAAAUAAUGAAAUUAUUAAAUGAGCUGCCCGAAGAACAACGAAUUUUAUUACAAGGAGCGAUAGAAUCCGGUGAAUUAGACGUUCAUACCGUAUUAUCUUCAUUCGAAAAUAUGUCGAAUAAAGACAAAUUAUCAUCGAAAUCCAAAGAAAAUCGUUUAUUAGAAUGGAUACAACAAAAUCGUCGCAGCGGCCAGAAAAAUUCCAGUAAAAAAGUGUCAUUCGAUAAAUUGCCUUAUUAUGGGACAUAUUGUGGUAGUUUUGCAGCUCAGAUGGAUAAGGAAUCCAAAAUAUCAGGUGCCGUAUGGGCAGCCGAUUCUCAACACCUAAUCAUAUCGAAAUUCCAGUUUAAACCAAAUUCUCUUAUUGCUGAUAAUAUUACCUUUUGGGCUGGGCCAAAUAUCAAUUCGAAUAAUGUUAUUGAAGAUAUGGUUCCAAAUGCGAAUGGAUUUUAUUUAAAGCCAGUGUUAAUUGAUGUCGCUUCAUCCAUAAAAAAUAAUAUUGAAAUAAUAAAAGCGAAUAUACGACAGAAUAAACCUCCGAAUCGUAUCAAAAAGGAUAUAUUUUCCAAUAUAUAUGAUAGUGAUCAAUUAAUUCCGUUGCCAAAUAAUUUUUUCAAAGUUUUUUCUAAUAAAACAAUUGAUGAAAAGGAAAUAAGCAUAAAUUCAUCAAAUGAAACAGUGGAACAAAUGGGUGAUUUACUAAAAACAAAUCAGAGUGAACUAUUCAAUGAGAAUAAGAAAGCGUCGUUACAUUUAUCUGGCGAAGAUAUUAAUUCUGUAGCAAAAAAUUAUAUAAAAAUUCCCACAAAUGUUACGGAAAUAUUAUUUGAGCAUUCUGAUAAUGAGGAACAUAUAGAACCAUUAAGCUGGUAUGCCGGAUUUCAACCAAUCUUAUUAACUCUACCAGAAAAUAAAACGAUUAAAACAAUUAAUUGGCUUGCUCUUCGAGAUCAUAGAAAGAAGAAAAUAUUAGCAUAUAUAUUUAUUCCAAAUGGACAAGCCUUCAAUAUUCCUGCCAUUGUUCAAUUAAGGCCACUAAUGUCAAAUGGUCCAUAUACUGUCAGCACUGGAGCGAUUAAUGUAUUGCAUUAUUUAGAAGUUAUUGAUAUAAAAACAAUCGAAAUAAACAAUUUUACUCUAAAAACGAAUGGCGAAGCUGCAUGGUUCGUUGUCGGGAAAGAUAUAUUUCCUAAUAAUGCUGGUCACAUUGCACCAAUAUACAACAAAAACAAUAAAACAUUUGAUUGCGAUUCAUUACGAAAUUACUAUAAUGAAAAAAUAAUAGUAAAAUUACCUGGAACAAUUGAUAUGAAAGAUAUUUUUUGGUUUUCUAUCUUUUCGUUGACAAAAAGUAUAUCAUUAUCGCAUCUAUACGUUCCAUAUAACGAUAUGCAUCUGCCUCCAUACCUUGAUUCUAUAUCGGUUCGUCAGUUAACUUUUAUAUAA